AUGAAGUACUCAAUACAGAGCAAAUACAUACUAUACAAAGAUCAAUUAAUAAGUGGAUAUGUGUGCAUUGAGGGUGAGUACAUCAAACAUAUAUUACUUGAACCUAAUGAAUUAUUAAAUCAAUACCCUAUAAAGUAUGUGUAUGAAAAUCAAGUGCUUAUGGCAGCAGCCAUUGAUACUAAUGUAUCAUUAAGUAUGUGGAAUCAUAUUGAAGAAUUUACUAAGUAUGAAGUUUAUUCUAAUAGAUUGGCAAUUGUAGGAGGCACAUCUUUAAUAGUUAACAAACCAUACUAACUGAAUUUAGAGAUGGAUCCGAAUGAAACGUACCAAUCACAAGUCUAAUAGAUGCUAUCCAAAUCACAAACUGAUUUUAUUUAAAUGGCUAAAAUUCUAUAAAAAGAGGAUGUACACACUCAAGUCCUAUAUUUGUAUAGAUCGAUUUACUAAUGAAGUUAGGAGCAUUUUGUUUCGAUUGUCAUUUACUACCUUCCUAUUCUGGAACAUAUUUUAAAGAUAUCCAAGAAUUACAAUCAGUUUUAUAACAAUUGCCUUCUUAAGCCUGUCUAUUUUUACAUACUUAAAAAACUGUUGAUAAAGAUCUAGGUAUUACAUCACCUUUCAGAAGUAAACCAUUUGCUGAACGAUUAAAUAUUACUUAAUUAGAUUUAGUUGAUGCAGAUGGAGUAUCAGGAUCAUGUAUUAGUGAUGAUGAAAAUAUCUAAAAUGAUGAUCCUAAAUAUUUAUAAUAAAUGGAUUAUUUGAAUGAAAGUAAUUCUCCUAUUAAGGAAAUAGGUAUCUAUUCAAUAUAAAUAUAGUUAAAAAAUAUAAGAAUUCAGAUGAAAAGAAAAUUUCAGAAUUUGAAGAUUAAUAGGAUACUCCAUAGUCACCAAAACUAUAAUCUAAUAUAUAUAAAUUAAAAUCUAAAUAGAUUACUGAACAAUCAUAAAUAUCUUUAAUUAGUAGAGCAGAACUUAUAACUUAUAAAGAUGCUCCAAAAAUGGAAUAGAAUUAUAAAUUUCCUUAUGAUGAAUCCGAUAGUAUAUAAUCAUAAUAAUAAUAAUAAUAAUAAUAAUAAUAAUAAUAAUAAUUUCCAUAAUAUCAUUCAUAUAAGAUGGAAACUAAGCUUUCCACUCAAGAUUAAGAAUCUCCUUUAGGAUCAAAAAAAGAUUCAAAUUAAUAGGAUUCCAAUCAAAGACAUAGUCCUCAAAUGUCUAUACAAUCAUCAGAUAUAUCAUCACCAGAAAGUCUCUCUCUAAAAUCAGAAUGCAGACUAAGAUCAAGAGCAUAAACUACUUAAGGACUUUUAUAAAGAAGAUAAUCAAAGACUGGAUUUGCCUUAGUCUUACAUUAAGUUGAAGAUAAAUCAAAUGUAAAACAUGGAUCUGGAGAUAUGUUACUACUGAAUUUUUCAGAAUCAAGACCUCGAUAAAAUCAAAAUAAUAAUAAUAGAUUCAAUAGAGAUUAUUUAUGUUUUUUAGCAUUUCGACCUGCAACAUGGGAAAAAUUUGCCAUUUAAAAAGUGAAAAAGAUAAUUAAACAAUAAUUUAAUUGUAACAUAAUUCUUAAUGGAUUUUCUUCUUCUUUUUCUUUAGUGGAGAUAAAAGAACUUAUCAAUAACUAAAUAUUUAGUGAUAUUGGAUAUCCUUAUCUUUUAUUAGAUAGUGAUGAUAUAAAUGAUGGAGUAACUAAAUACAAAUCUGAUCCUCCAAUUCGAUAAAAAUACAAUAAACAAUUAUUAUAAAAAGGAAUAUCAUAAAAUAAUUGGAUUAGCAGUAUAUCAAGUUCACAUCUUUAUGUUAAUGGUUUAUAUAAAUUUGAAGAAUAAGGAGAUUUUCGAAAAGCUGUUAGUGGUUUAUGCAGUUUAGGAUGUACUUACUAAGCUUUAUGGACUUUAUUAUUUUGUAAAAAGGAUCAAGAUCCUAAUGUAAUUAAAUAAGUUUUCUAUAAUAAAGACACUAAUAAUUUAAAAUAUAAAAGAAUGGUGUCAAAACUUAAUUAAUUAUAAUAACUUGUAUCUUCAGGACCAGCUCAAUAUUUAAAUCUGAAAGAUAGAGGUAGUAUAGAAGUAGGAAAGAUUGCAGAUUUAGUUGUAUUUGAUCCUUUAAAGGCAUGGAAAUUAAAUUUCGAAAAAAUUAAUUAAAUAUUUACUUUUUCAAUUGAUAAACAUAUAUUUAAGAAUAAAUUAUUUUUAGGUUCAGUAGAUUAAGUAUUUAUUAGAGGUAUUUUAUAUUAUUUAUUUUAGGGGAAUUAAUUUUAAAUUAAGAAAAUCAAAUAAUUUCAAUUUAAAAUAGAAGAGGGAUUCAAAUAUUAAAAUGA